UGUUGCGGGGCACUGGAGAGCCGGGCGGCGGCGGCGGGAGGAUGGGCACGCCAGUGAAGGAUGUGGUUAUCAAAGCUGACGCUCCCACAGCUCUGCUCAUGGAGAAACACUCUGAUUACAUCGCCUCAUACGGAACUAAGAAGGAUGAUUAUGAAUACUGCAUGUCUGAGUACCUGCGCAUGAGUGGGAUCUACUGGGGUCUGACUGUCAUGGAUCUCAUGGGGCAACUGCACCGUAUGAACAAAGAGGAAAUCCUGCAGUUUGUGAAGUCGUGCCAACACGAUUGUGGUGGAGUUGGGGCCAGUCUAGGUCACGAUCCUCACCUUCUCUACACUCUCAGUGCCGUGCAGAUCCUUUCUCUCUAUGAUAGUCUCCAUGUUAUUGAUGUUGAUAAAGUUGUUGAAUAUGUUAAAGGCCUCCAACAAGAAGAUGGUUCCUUUGCUGGUGACAAGUGGGGUGAAAUAGACACUAGGUUCUCCUUCUGUGCUGUGGCAACGUUGGCUCUUCUGGGAAGACUUGAUGCCGUUAAUCUAGAAUCAGCAGCAGAAUUUAUUAUAUCCUGCAUGAACUUUGAUGGAGGAUUUGGAUGCAGGCCAGGAUCUGAAUCUCACGCAGGCCAGAUCUACUGCUGCACGGGGUUUCUUGCUAUAACAGGCCAGUUACACCACAUCAACGCUGACCUGCUGGGCUGGUGGCUCUGUGAGCGCCAGCUACCAUCCGGAGGCCUCAACGGGCGCCCAGAGAAGCUGCCUGACGUCUGUUACUCCUGGUGGGUCUUAGCUUCCCUGAAGAUCAUCGGACGGUUGCACUGGAUCGACAAGGAGAAGUUGUCCACUUUCAUCCUGGCUUGCCAGGACGAGGAGACUGGCGGCUUUGCCGACCGGCCUGGCGAUGUAGUUGAUCCAUUCCACACAUUGUUUGGUGUGGCGGGACUCUCUCUGAUGGGGGACCGGCAGGUGAAGGCGGUCAGCCCGGUGUUCUGCAUGCCUGACGAGACGCUGCAGCGGAUCGGCCUGCAGCCAGAGCUACUGAGCUAGAGGGAGCGGGAGCCCUGGCUGUGUGGAAUACCAUCAUGGACAAUGGUGACUGUGACAAGGGUGUGAACAUUGACCUGUGGGCUGCCACUGCCACUGCCACUUGGUUCCUUCACUCUCGGCCUCUUGUGUACGAAUCGUGUACAAGGUACUCUGCUGUGUCACUGUAGCCUGAGCAAGCAUACGGUGCUGGAGGAACACAGCUGGCCAGGCAGCAUCUGUGGAGGGAAUGGACAGGCGACAUUUCAGGAUCAGGACCCCUCUGCAGACCGGGGGGGGGGAGAAAGCUGGAUAAAGAGGGGUGGGGCAAAGCCUGGAUACCUCUGAGGGGGCUGGAUGGAGUAAGUGACAAUGGCUUCCGUCUGAGCUCCCUUCCCUUCCACCAUAUCCCUCUCACCGGCUUAACCUUGCUCUCCUCCUCUCUGUAUCUCACACCCUUUUGUCUCCUUGUCACCUUUAGUCAUUGUCACUUAUUCCACCCAUCUUACAAUCACCCCCCCCCCUUCCCCCUCACCUGUAUCCACCUAUCACUUGCCAGGCUUUGUCCAGCCCCCACCUCUUGUCCAGCUUCCCCCCCCCCCCCCAACUCCAUCAGUCUGAAGAAGGGUCCCGAUCCGAAACCUUGUCUGUCCAUUCCCUCCACAGAUGCUGCCUGACCCGCUGAGUUCCUCCAGCACUUUGUAUUUUGAUGUAGAUUCCAGCGUCUGCAGUUCUCUAUGUCCCAACGGGCCAUUGGCAGAUACUAACUAUGUCCUCCACUGCACGGAUUGAUCCCAUUUCUUUGUGACGUUGCCUGAUGCUGGCAUGAAGUUUGACAUUACUGACAAUGCCAGUGGUGGGAGUUCCUGGCUCUGCUUUGCUGAGGUAGAUCAUGUAACUGCCCCGCGGACCAACUAAUAAAAACCUGCAGAUGCUGGAAGUCUGAAAUCAAAGCAUAAAAUGUGGACACACUCACUCACUCAGCAUCCGUGGAGAGAGAAAUAGUUGAUGACUCAUCAGUAUUGGGGGAGAGGGAGAAGCAAGCGUCAGUAGCAGAGACCCACAUGGUUCUCUCUCCACAGAUGCUGCCUGACCUGCAGAGUGUUUCCAGCAUUUUCUGUUUUUGCCAAAGACUAGAAUUUAGACAAUAAAUCAGAGUGUUUUCUCCAG